AUGUUUAAGUUUAGUGAUAAGAGGAUGGAAUAUGAAGAAUAAAUGCUUGAAGAAAAUUCAGAUGAUCUCCCUCCUAAUGUUAAGUAUCAAAAAGUUGAUAGAUAUAACUACAUUGUUUAAAUCAAAGGUGAAAAAGGCAGUGUGCAUGAGAGUAGAAUAUAAAAUCCAAUUUAGAUGCUUAUAUUAUUGCAGAUGUUAGUUUAAAUGGUUUCCCAGUUGAGGCUCCAACUGUCAACUUUCGCAAUAAUUUUCAACAUGUGAAUAUAUUUCCUAUGGGCAAACUAUGUUUGUAUAUAACAAACAAAGAAACUUGGAUCUCUAGUACUAGUUUAAUAGAUGUCUUUUCAGGAAUCAAUUAAGUGAUUCAUCAGUAUUGAAUAGAAUAAUAUAUAUAUUAGUCCCACUUUCAAUGAUCCUGCAAAUAGCACUUAUCAAGAUCCAGUUGUUUAUGAAAGGGAUAUGAAAGUUUAAGCUAAUAAAUUUAGAGAUGAGAGAUAUAAAAUAAUAUGA